GGAUGUUCAUAUGACAAGUUGCAGGGCUUUUUGUAGGCGAGCAAGGAUGCAGAUAAGAGUUGUCAAUUGAUAACUAUACAUUACAAUGUUUGCACUCUUGGGAGCAACAGCGCUGGGCAUGCAACAUAAGGAAGUGGUCACAACCCUUCUGGGGAUGCCUAGGGAAGCUGUGAUCACCUAUCUUUUUAUUAGUGCAGUGCGCACCGUUUCAGCGGCAUUGUUUCUCAUCUACUAUGGAGAGCUCUCGUGGCGAUCGAAAAAUCUGCUUCUGAGAAAACACUGGCGAGACCUAGGUCUGUGGGCUACAAAGCUGGGAUUCAUUGUGCUCUCUGCACACCUGCUGGCCUACCGGUGUCAGCAGGAGUGCGACCCCAGGCUCUUCCACAGCUUUGAGCAGCACUUCUACAGGCAUCCUUCAAAGAUGCUCGGGGCAAUACCCAACAGCAUUGUAGAGGCAGCAGGCCUCAAGGAGGGGUUGCAUCAGCUGAACGGCAGCACAGCUGCCGCCCUGGAUGCCCCCUUCGGCGUCAGCAUUAAAUCUGGCCUUGUGACAGACAUUGCCACGAAGGUGAUCGGCUGUGCAGCAUCAGGAGUGGCGAGCAUUGCAGUGGGUGCUGAUGGUGCGCUGUACAGCUUUGGCAAGAGCAAGAGGGGCCAGCUGGGGCUCGGUGAGGGCAGAAGUGCUGCUGACACCCCAGAGAGGAUCCCAGGAGUGGAGGGCAUAGCAGCAGUGGGCUGCGGAUGGGGUCACGCCCUGGCCUUGACAGAGGAUGGCGAAGUGCUGUCAUGGGGCUUUCCAUCAGGAAACAGGCUGGGGAACCUGCUUGAUGGCGGCAGCGCACAGGUUUGCUGCUCGCUAGACUCAUCCCUGGUGCUGGCCAGGGAUGGGACACUGUACACCUUUGGAGACAACUCGCUGGGCCAGCUGGGGCGGCCAUCAGUGUCUGAGCAUGGACCGGAAGACUGGGUUGUGCGUGGGGAGGACGGCGCUCCCAUGAGACUUCAGCGCAUUGCCGCUGGCUUGGGACAUUGUCUGGCAGUCACCCAUGAUGGAAAGGUGGUUGUGUGGGGUUGGAAGCACGGUCUUGCAGGGCAUCCCGAGACGCUGCUCGCGCCUGUGAGCGUUCCUGGACUGCCAUUAAACACACAUGCAAGGCUUGCAGCUGGCAGAGUGCACAGCCUCAUAGCCACAACAGCUGCGGGUGCAGACACUCAGCAGUCCAGUGAGACCCGCGGUAGGAAUAAUGCGCUGUAUGCUUUUGGAAAUGGCCAGAACGGCAGGCUAGGAUUGGGAUCAUCGCAAAGUGUGUUUGAGCCGCAGCUCGUGCAAGAUAUUGAAGGCCUUAGUAUCAAGGAUGUUGUGUGCGGUCAUGACCACAGCCUGGUAUUGACUUCUACCUGA